CUUCCGGUUCGGUUUCCCCGCCUCCUGCGAGGCUAAAGCUGUUGGGGCUCGUCUGUGGCCGCGGUGGGGUGGAGGGGGCAGGGCGUGGUGGGUUAAGGUGAGUGCCGGAGUGGGUUUCCCUGGAGCCAUGGCCUGCUCCAUUGUCCAGUUCUGCUACUUCCAGGACCUCCAGGCCGCCCGGGACUUCCUCUUCCCUCACCUGCGGGAGGAGAUCCCCAGCGGCGCCGUGCGGAGGGACCCCGGUAAAUCAACAAACUGGGAAGAUGAUGGUUGGGGAGCCUGGGAAGAAACAGAACCGCAAGAACCUGAAGAAGAAGGAAAUACUUGCAAAACACAAAAAACAUCCUGGCUCCAAGAUUGUGUUUUAUCCUUGUCUCCAACCAAUGAUCUUAUGGUCAUAGCUCGGGAGCAAAAAGCUGUAUUUCUAGUGCCAAAAUGGAAAUACAGUGAUAAAGGAAAGGAAGAAAUGCAAUUUGCUGUUGGUUGGAGUGGUUCUUUAAAUGUUGAAGAAGGGGAAUGUGUAACCAGUGCUUUAUGUAUCCCACUAGCAAGCCAAAAGAGGAGUUCGACUGGACGUCCCGACUGGACCUGCAUUGUGGUGGGCUUCACUUCUGGUUAUGUACGCUUCUACACUGAGAAUGGUGUGCUCUUGCUUGCACAGCUUUUGAAUGAGGACACGGUUCUUCAGCUUAAAUGCAGGACCUAUGAAAUCCCACGACAUCCUGGCGUGACCGAGCAGAAUGAAGAGUUGAGUAUCUUAUAUCCAGCUGCCAUUGUGACCAUUGAUGGAUUUAGCCUUUUUCAGUCUCUUCGUGCUUGUCGAAAUCAGGUAGCAAAAGCUGCAGCGUCAGGCAAUGAGAAUAUACAACCACCACCGUUAGCUUAUAAGAAAUGGGGUCUACAAGAUAUUGACACGAUUAUUGAUCAUGCUAGUGUUGGUAUUAUGACUCUGUCUCCCUUUGAUCAAAUGAAGACUGCUUCCAAUAUAGGUGGAUUUAAUGCGGCAAUUAAAAACAGUCCACCUGCCAUGUCUCAGUAUAUCACUGUAGGGUCCAAUCCAUUUACUGGCUUCUUCUAUGCUUUAGAGAAUACCAAAAGGUACCGAGAUGCACAAAUCGGAUGGAUUCAGAUUGUAGAGGACCUCCAUGAAAGAGUACCAGAAAAGGUGGAUUUUUCCCCUUUUGGAAAUACUCAGGGCCCAAGUCGAGUAGCUCAGUUCCUUGUGAUCUAUGCGCCAAGAAGGGGAAUAUUAGAAGUGUGGAGCACACAGCAGGGGCCUAGAGUCGGAGCUUUCAAUGUGGGGAAGCACUGCAGGCUACUGUAUCCUGGAUAUAAAAUAAUGGGCUUAAAUAACGUUACCAGUCAGAGUUGGCAGCCACAGACUUACCAGAUCUGUCUUGUUGAUCCCGUGUCUGGAAGUGUGAAAACAGUGAAUGUUCCUUUCCACUUAGCACUGAGUGACAAGAAGAGUGAGCGAGCCAAGGACAUGCACUUAGUGAAGAAACUAGCAGCCUUACUGAAAACAAAAUCUCCCAAUCUUGAUUUGGUUGAAACAGAAAUAAAGGAAUUAAUUCUUGAUAUUAAAUACCCUGCAACCAAAAAACAAGCUUUGGAAAGCAUUUUGGCAAGUAAACGUUUACCAUUUUCCUGUCUUAGAAACAUCACUCAGACUUUAAUGGACACUUUAAAAAAUCAAGGCAGUUUCUUUUUUUGGAAGUGUUUGCAUGGAGAAAGCUCCACUGAGGAUAUGUGUCACACUUUGGAGUCUGCUGGACUUAGCCCUCAGCUGUUGUUGUCUCUGCUCCUGAGUGUUUGGCUUUCUAAGGAAAAAGAUAUUUUGGAUAAACCGCAGUCUGUCUGCUGUCUUCAUACGAUGCUGUCCCUCCUGAGCAAGAUGAAAGGUGGCAUUGCAGACAGUGUAGCCAAGUGGAUAUUUAAACAAGACUUCAGCCCUGAAAUAUUAAAACUGGCUAAUAAACAAAGAGAUGUUGAAAACCCAGAUCAACCCAAAGAAGGUAUUAACAGAGGUUUCCUUGAGGUAUCGGAGGUGGAGAUGGACUUAGGAGCCAUACCAGACUUGCUGCAUUUAACCUAUGAGCAGUUUCCUUGUAGCCUUGAGCUAGAUGUGCUACACGCACAUUGCUGCUGGGAGUAUGUUGUUCAAUGGAAUAAAGAUCCAGAGGAAGCACGUUUUUUUGUUAGGUCAAUAGAACAUUUGAAGCACAUUCUUAAUGCACAUAUUCAGAAUGCAUCCCGGCUGCUUCACAGCCUACAAAGGGCCUCACUCCUGAAUACAGACUCAGCUACACGGGUUGGAAAAGCACCAAAGGAUAGGUUAUGCCGAAGGGAUGUGGGAAUGAGUGACACAGCAGUGACAUCUUUCCUUGGCUCCUGCUUGGAUCUUCUUCAGACUUUAAUGGAGGCAGAUGUUAGCAGGGAUGAAAUGCAGGUCCCCGUCCUGGAUACUGAGGAUGCUUGGCUCUCUGUGGAAGGACCAAUCUCAAUAGUGGAACUGGCCCUUGAACAGAAACACAUCCACUACCCACUGGUGGAGCACCAUUCCAUCUUGUGCUCCAUCUUGUAUGCAGUCAUGAGGUUUUCUCUGAAGUCUGUGAAGCCACUUUCACUUUUUGACAGUAAGGGAAAAAAUGCAUUCUUCAAAGACCUAACUUCAAUUCAGUUAUUACCUAGUGGGGAAAUGGAUCCAAAUUUUAUUUCUGCACGACAACAGUUCUUAUUGAAAGUUGUCAGUGCAGCUGUCCAGGCACAACAUUCAAUCAGAAAGGACAAAGAUCCCCCAGAAGAGGCAACAACCGCUCCUUUCGGGAAAGACCAAGACUGGCCGGUUCUAGCUGUGGAUCUAGCCCAUCACCUUCAAGUUAGCGAGGACGUUAUCAGACGGCAUUACGUGGGGGAACUCUACAACUAUGGAGUUGACCACUUAGCGGAAGAGGCCAUUCUACAGGUUCAUGACAAAGAGGUCCUUGCGUCUCAGCUGCUCGUGUUGACGGGGCAAAGGCUGGCUCAUGCGCUUCUCCACACGCAGACAAAAGAAGGAAUGGAGCUGCUUGCCAGACUCUCGCCCACGCUGUGCACCUGGCUGAAAGCAAUGGAUCCCCAGGAUCUUCAAAACACUGAAGUGCCAAUUGCAACGACAGCAAAACUAGUAAAUAAAGUCAUUGAGCUUUUACCAGAGAAACAUGGGCAGUACACUCUAGCCUUACACCUCAUCGAAGCUGUGGAAGCCAUAUCCAUUCCUCCUUUAUGACACUCAUCCGCUGGACAUAGUCUAAAACUGUGUGAUUACAACACGAAUUAGUGCAUGGUUAUUUUACAUAGUAAGAGCUGGAAUUUUAUGGAGAGUAUGUCUUUUUUUCUUUUGUACAAAAAAAAUUAUAUAUAACUUUUAGAAAGUGCAAUCCUGGCUAAACUUCACUUUGGUUAAUAGUGAAGAUAAAAUAUAAACAAAUCAAUUAUACUACAAUUAAUACAGAUGUUUUACUGUUUAUUUCUAAUUCAAACACUGAAGUAGCUUUACUGGUAAACUUUGCUAUUUAAAAUUGGUUUUAAUUUACAGAUUAUGUUCUUAUUAUAGGAUUCUAUAUUUCACAUCUAAAAUAUUGUUGUAAUUAAAUAUAAAUGUGUUCAUGUACAGUCCCAUCAGUAGAGUUAGAGAUACAUCCCACUGUUUUAAUAGACGUUAUGAAAAUGCUUUUGUUAUCAUGCUUAAAACCCCGUAGUGGGCUGCCACCCGGGAGUUCUGGAUGCUGGAAGGUUCCUUUCCCAGAGGUUCUGCUGUUCCCAUCAGAGGAGGAUGGCCUUGCUUGAGGAGGAAGAAUGGGUUCUGGAUCAUCCUGUUCAUCAGAAGGGACACUAAAUAGAACCUUUAACCUGUUGUGCUUGCCAAAAUGGAGAAUCUGAGAUGCAAACAAUGCAGCAAAUUAAUUAUCACGUAAGUUAAGAUUUGCUUCUUGCCAAGUUGCAAAGUUGUAUCCAUAUCAGGUAAUUGUAAAAAUGUAUUAUCUUGUAAAACUUAUGUAAAAAAAAAA